GCAUGCCAUGAUCAAGGUGUGGUUUCUCACUUUUUGAGCAGAAGCUUGCAAGUCCUUGCGGAUGAAAGGAGUUCAGCUGGAACUUUGCAAGCAGCUGCGUUGUUGGCAACAGACCUUUGGCUAGAAGGCAGCUUCAAUUCUUCGCCACAAGAAGGGCUCGGAGACCUUCUUGCUGCAUUGAAGAAGGCAACGCAAAGCAGGCAAGGAAAGUCUCCACAGCUUGUUGCCUUUUCUUGUCUCUCAAGACUGUUGUCUAAACUAUGCGACAACCAAGAUCCGGAUGGAACUCCAGCCGUGUAUCGCACUCUGGUGUAUGCUCUGGUCGAGUGUGAAAGCCAAUCAGCCCGGGAUUUUGGGACUCGGUGUCUUCUCGCGCUUCUCGAAAAGUAUGAGGGCGUUCCUGUUGGCAUCCUUGCAGAGCUGACUGCGAAGAAGUUCCAGGUAAGUCCAGCAGAUCCAUUGGCAGUGAUUGAUGUAGAGCUCUUCUUAGUGAUUGCCAAGCAUCCUAGAUGCACUGAGCGCCACGCUGAAAUGUUGGCACAAGUGCUUGUAAGAUGUGCCGUGGAGAAUGCUGUUGGUCGUGCUGCAAGCCUCCCUUUGCUGGUGAUAUUCCGGCGCUUUGCACACGAGGAUUGUAUCCGCGCACUUUUCGAGCGCUUCGUCCAGGUGGCGUUGACAAGGCUCAUACAGCGGGGCACACCCAAGGCACAGAUCAACCAGGUGCAUGAGUUGCUGGCGAAGGUGGCAUGCAUGCGCAUCCCAUCCUUGGUAGAGCGCAUGCGACAGCUCUUGCAAGAGGUUUGUAGAGCGUACCUGUCAAACUACAUGGAGCUGCAUCCAAAUCUACAGGUUUUGCUAGAGCUUUGGCCUGAAGAUGAGCGGGAAUUGAAUGCCUGGGUGCGUUCCUUGAGUCAGGAGUCUCCAAAGACGCAGGACUUGUUCAAUCCAGAUGCAGGUGCCACAGUGCCAGUGGAACAGCUCGCCAAAGAGACUGAAAAUCUACGUGAUGAGCUUGCUUCUGCGAAGGAAAAGCAGGCACAAGCAUUGGCUGAAGCAGAGGCCUUGCGAAAAGAACUCCGUGAUGCAAAACUUUUGCAGAAGAAGGUGGAAGCCGAAGUGGAUCAGCUUCAGGAUCGACGUGAGGAAAUAUUGGCCAAGAGGCAAGCAGCCAAAGGUGAUGGAAGCUCUCGCAAGGGCAAAAAGCUGGACUCCCAGAACUCCACAGAUGUCGUGCCAGCAGCAGAGGCUGUGAAGGUGGAAGAACUGCAGAAGGCAUUUGAGGAACCGCUGAAAGUUCUCUUCAGUCAAUACGCAAAGCCUCGCCGUGGUGCAGGUGGAAAGCGCCUUGAGAUGAGGUUAGAGGUCAUGGAAAGUAUGUUGGAGGACCUUGAGAUUUCACCAAGUCGUCUUCAAAAAAAAGCAGUACCUCAACUGUUCAAGUCAGGGCUUCCAAAGCCAGCAGACGAGGCUUUGUUGGUGGAGAACUUUUUGCAGUUGGUGCCUCGACUGGCCAAAUGUUUUUCAGCCUCAGAGGCAACACCGAUGAGGGAUUUUGGUGUGACGGUACCGUGCGAGACAGGUUCUGCCCCGUUGGAACUGCAAGCUUUCCUGCAAUAUUUGGAGAAGCGGGCUGAGACGUGUCAAGCCCAGGAGAGUUGA